AUGCCGAGGAUGGGAGACGACCUUAUAACCAUGAAGUUCAAGAUGUUCCAGCAGCUGGCCAGUAUCGAGCAAUUUGAACAGCACAGAGCCGAGGAACAGGGACUACCUGCCGGACCAAAAUACCCCUUCUCUCCACAAUGGCUGCUCGACAAUCCAGAUGAAUUUAUGGCAAUAGAUGCCACAGUGGAAUAUCCAAGCCAAGAAGAAGGUUCUUCUGAAGACGAAACGUCGCCGAAUACGUCCAAAGUUGAAUCGGAAGACACCAAAUCUUACGAAGAUGAUUUUACAUCCGAAGAUGAGUCAGAAGACGACGAAGAUGGUGAUGAUGAUAGUUAUGAUGAUGACGAAGAUGAUGAUGAUAGUGAUGAUGGUGAUGAUGAUUCGAGCUCAAGCACACCACGAUCCAGCUCAGACGAACAAUAUUCGUCAUCCGACGAUUGUCGUACCACGGUUGAGGAAAGUCAGGAGAAGAAUUUGGAAGCUGAGCAAUCACACAAUGAUAACCUGACCCCAAUGCACACGAAUUGCGCGUGUGGUAAGCGUUCAGACACUGAAACAUCUGAGGAGAAUAACGGCUACGAACAAAACGUAGUAGCUCAACCGUGGGAUUACGAAGAAGACGUAGACGAAGGAGAAGAUCAAAAGGAAGUUUCGGAAAGGAAUUCAACGACACCAUCCGAUGAAGUUUUGUCAAAUCAGAGACGUAUCCUCAAAGAGGGUAAAGGUUUAAAUGAGAAAGAUGUGAGCGAAAGGCUGAUAGAAAUGCACAAGUGUUGGAAGCGAGUGAAAAAAAUUGAGGUUGUGUCAACGAAAUAUCCGAGGAGACGAUCAACAUCGCCUGUAUUACCAGUCCAAGAAACUUUACGGGUGGAAGAGGAACAGAGGAUUCAACGCGAGUACGAAUAUGACUCCGAAACUCCGGUCAUUUUGAGAGUGGCCUACGGUCAGAAGGUCUACCACCUCAAACUGAAAAACUGCACCAUCUGUAGCCUGGAAUUUGAUGCUUUUGUGCCUCACCAGGAAAGCCUGAGAACAGUUGGUGCAGCUGCGUCAAAGAUCCCGAUCCGAACGAAGUUAAGCCCCGUUCUACCACGCCAUGAUCGUGGCUACACCAAAGACGAUUAUGUUUUCGGGAAGGGCCUCAGUCACUUGGCGUACAGAUAUCUCCGAAUUGUCGUCAAGAUCCAUGGAAAGCGGUUGGCAAUACCUAUAGACCUUGAAAAGGAUCGCAAAAUGGUGCGCGACUUCAUAAGGAACCCUCGAUCUUCCUUGUUGACGGAUCCGCCGGGUUUGGGACAGUUCAUAUUGGAUAAAGCUAUGGCUAUAUUACAAGAACGGCCUCAAUGGAGGUUCUGCGGUAAACACGUAGACGAGCAGCUGAAAUAUCAUAAAUGGUUCUCACAGUGCAAUGCGUCCACGGAAACGGAAACGUCCUCUCCAAAGACCCAGGACGCAGCAUCCAAUGUAUCAUUUGGAAGUGAAGGUGAGGAAGAUCACAUCGAGGAGCAGGGCGAUGAAGAAGAGGAGGAUCAGGAAUCGGAUGAAGAACCGGAAGUUCAACCAGCUCGACCUCAAAGGAUGCCUUUACCGGACGAAGAAAUGCAAGAACCGGAACCGUUCACCGACGAUCUUUAUGCAGAAAGGACUGAACAACUUUUAGCUGAGAGAGCGGAAAAGGAACGAAAAGUGAAAGCUGUCCAACAAGCUGGCAAAAGCAACCAUCACGUCCGAAAGACUUUUGCAGACAAAUUCACAUUUAUACAGGAAAAAUACUUCUGUCCAAAUCCAAGCAGACGACAAUUUAACGAAAGGAAAUAUAACAUCGGAUUCGUCCCGAAGAAUGAAAAAUGGAUCCAGGUGGACGUCGACGCCGAUCUUGCCAAGGAACAUAUCCGGAAAGAAGAUCUGAUAGAUGCGCACGCGUAUCCAAUACAACCCGAAAACUAUGACAUCGGUACGUACCGGAUGGAUGAAUGCGUCGCUGUCCAGAAAGCCAAAAAGGGCCACCUGGAAGGUCUUGGGGGCAAACAGAAGGUGAAAACUCGGGGAAUUCCCAACAAACAUCUGGAGAAGCACUACUUUGAGAAAGAAUUGAAGAAUCUGGAAAAGGACGAAGAAGAAAAUGCCGACGAAGAGGAAACAGUUUUUGGAAAUCCAGAAAUUAACGAAAUAACAGAGCCGAAGCCAAUCUUUGUUGAAACUGGUUCACCGGAAUUGGACAUGCGACACAUAGAAGACAAGCCCUGCAAAGUUCUUCAAAAACGCCCAACCGCUGCCAAUCCUCCAACUCCGUCCAAAAAUAAAAACCGUAAGAAGAGACAUAGAACCACUUCCGGGGCGAAUCCUGGAGCGGCGAUCGCGCCCACCAAUUUAGCAGAAUCCCUUUUUGAUUUUUCCCAUUCUAAACCAAAUCGUGCCAAAAAACGAUAGAACGAAUUUUUUAUAUCAAAUUUUUUAAUGAACUUUUAAAAAAAGAAAAUGUAUCUACAUCUGU